AUGGCAUCUAUUGUUGUUUGCCUAGCAACAGUGAUAUUCGUAUGGGCAAUACCUCAACGCUUAGAUUUCAUGACUUUCGUUGGCCACGAAGUUUUGGCAGUGGCGCAUGAUGUUAACAUUAUAUUUUUCAACUUCAAGACGCAAGGAGAGUUCGUGUAUGUAGCGAACAGUCAAGAGAAAGGUGACGGAGUGGAUGUUAUUGCAGGACACAGAUCAAAUAUAUUUGCGUUUGCUGAAAAAGUGAAAAACCCUCGGAUUUUCAUAGUUCAAUAUCCGUCUUUUCAUAUAUUAGCAGAACUAAAAGAUACAGACGUUAACCGCUACAAGGGUCUGUGCAUGAUGGAGUGCGAUCUGGUGGCCGGCUUCAGCGGCUUCCCCAACUACAUCCUCACGGUCUGGAGCUGGCGGACCCAUCAGCGGCUGAUUAACGUACCCACGGGGGUGGUGAGGCGGCAGCAGAUCUAUAUGGCGAGUCGAUCACACAUGUUCCUCUGCGAGUGUUGGGGAGAGGGUCUAACAGUGUGGGAAGUGGCGCAGUGCUACAAGCGCUGUUUAGUGAUGCGACGCAGUAAGCCACCCUGCACCGGCUGGGAAGUGGCCGAGCCACCGCUAGUUGGGGUUUGCUGGAGCACUGAGGGGCAACUGUACGCUAUUGAUGAGAAGGCCAAUUUGUAUAGCCUUCUAUCUGACGGUAUCGCCAUGGUCACAAACCUAGAUUGGUCUGGUGAUCUUAGAGGAUCAAGAAAACCUUGUAUGUGCACUUUUGGCCAUGGAAUUCUUAUCUACGGACCUGAUAAACAUCUUCGGUACUUGAAGAAAACCGACCAGCACUGGCACAUCACCUGGCAGUACACGCCAAUCGACACAAUAGCACGACUUAUAUCAAACGCAAGCGCAGACCUCGCGGUCAUGUGGACGGAGAGGGGCUUCGUGUUCAAGCUUGUGGAGGACGGGGAUAGCGUUGAUGUUAAACUGUUUUGUUUCAAACAGAGAAACAUAAUAAAAAUUCAGCUCAUAGCGCCUGAUUACACUCAUAUCGCUACCAUGAAUAAGGAUGGCGUACUCUGCAUUUAUGAGGUGUUCACUGGAAAACUCGUCCUAGUAAAAAACGUGGAAGGCAACGACAUAUCCUUCCAAGCGAGUCCCGUGGACCCGCUCUUGAUUAUAUUCGGUGAAGUGGCCAACAACUACGGUAUGGCCCUAUACCAGUUCCUCCCACCAGACCUUCGGAAGGUCGGCAGCGUAUGCCUGACGCACCAGAUCGUAUCCAGGGUGGUGUUCUCGCCAGGGGGAAGGGAAUUGGUGGCAGCAGCUAUGUCAGCUGGACAUAUAUUCAUUUAUAAGUUAUCUGAAGAUUACAAACUAACCCUAGUCCGUUAUACGGAACUGGGUCGAGGUUUGGCGGACUGUUUCCUCAUGCAAGUUGGAGAGGCGAUGCGGGCAUUCAGCCUAGUGCUAUUCUCUGAUAAAUAUCCUAUUGGUGAAAGAAUUAUAUGCAUAAACGCAGACACAGGUAAGGACAACAAGUUCGCCGGCAAGAUGGCUGGCCCGUACUCGCGCCUAUUACCACUGAGCGGGAAGGAUAUGGCUAUAGCCAUCCCGCAUUUAUCUACGAAGGCUCAUGUGCUGAAACUAUCGGGGGAUAAAGGAGUGACGGUAUCUGUGAAAAUGGCACCUAUAAUAGAAACUGGUCAUGAGCUCAAAUAUUACGAUGGGUUCUUUAACUCGGGAGCUCUUCUGACCUUUGGAUAUGACGGUACUAUUGUCAUGCGACAGUCACAUGGACCGCUAGAAUACGAGCUGAAGCUAUCAGCCACCCACCGCUACGAGAGCGGCAUACGCGAAGCGCUCAUAGACGCGCACAACACGCACAUAGCGCACCUCGCGGGUAAUGGUACUGUUGUAGUGCAGUACUUGCAUGGCCUACGACUUGAUUUGCAAACCGAGCUGCAUCAUGAACCACCGCCCUUGGAGAUGUUUGAAGAAGCUAAUAAUACGAUCACUAUUAUUGGGGAACGGGAUAAAAACUACCUCGACCUGCAAGAGGACAAAAAAGUUCGGGAAGAAGCGAUGGAUUACAAGAAACAGCGCGAGGAAGUCGUCAGGUCCUUCGAGUCGGUUCAGUCUCGAGUUGUAGCUUUAUUGGAGGAGAAUAUAGCUGAGAUACCAUUGCAUCAGUUGUCGUUGUCUGAGUUCAACUUACAUUUGGAGCAUAAGAAGGAGAGGCUGAAGCAGGCAGAGAAAGAGCGCGAGCAAAUAAGACUAGAUACAGAAGCGCGUAUCCAGGCACAAGAUAAAGUGACCGCGUGGAUUAAAGCCAACUGUUGGGACACUAUGCUCACUCCGCGAGUUAAACUGUUCGCUAUUUUUAGUCAUUAUCAGGUAGAAAACUACGCAGUACUACCAACACAGAGAGACAAUUGGCCAGAACUGCAACAGAUCGAAGCACUCAGAGGAGUGGAAAUGGAGAACGAUACUGAUAUGUUUCGACCUUGGGAAGAAUUUGUGGAAAAACCAAGCGUUGAAGAUAUUUCCAUACCAGCCGGUCCCGAAUCUGUGCUAUCAAUGAAAUCCGCUCACAAAAGCAUGGAGAGCCAAAUGAUAGCAGAAGCGCUUGUAUCAGAGGAAUCUCUAGAAGGUUCCCCAUACGUGCUAGCGGGAUCUAACGCACACCUAUUUGUGGAAAUACCCACAUUCAUGAUACCGCAGACUGUGGCAUUUAGCUUCCUGCAAAUGAAUUGGUUACAGCACAUCGUCAAGUUGAAUGUGCAAAACAUGCGAUUGUGGUUCAACAAGCAAUUCGAUGAUUUGAUGAAUCAAAAGAAACGCGAAGUUGGUCUCGUCGAAGAAAGAAAUGCGAGGCUUCGUUUUAUCAUCGAUGAAUUAAACAAGUUAUCAGACCUUCGUGGCAGCUUCCAUCAUUUGACGAUACUAAUUCAAGACCCUGAAUGGAAACAAGAAGAACAACCACUUAAGUUAAUUAAAGUCGAACCAGAAGAGUGUAGCAUUGAACCAUACAUAAGCCCAAGCCAAAUAGUAAUUCCACCUCCAGACCCUGGACCAAAGGAUGAUUUCCGUGAGCGUGCUCUCAUAGAAAUGAUGGAUGGAGUUCUUGAAAAACUGUGGCAUGAAGAGAUAAAGAAACCUAUUCCGAUGCCGCAGUGUAUGCUCGAUAAAGACCCAGAACAUUUCAAUGAAGAUGACCUCCGCCUUGUUUUCGAUUACGAAGCAAAAGUGGCGUUUAGAAAUGAAGAACGCGAAAAGUAUAGAAAGAUGUUGCACGCUGAAUAUGCAAAGCUUUCGCAAGUUUUGAAUGAGGGAAUUGUUAAAUUUAAUCAAAAGGUAAAAGAGAUGUGGUUGACAAAACUUCGAGUCGAUUCUGUUAUUGGCCAAGAAAAUCUUAAUCUGAUGCGACUACGGAGAAUAAACUUAGACAGAACCGAAAUGGCUGAAAAAUUGGAAGACAUAAGAAAUGACAUAAGCAAAACAGAAGCAGAAGUGGAAGUGCUCCAACAAGAGUUGCACAAGAUACAACAAGAGAGUGAGGACUGUCAAGCGACGUACGAAAGCUUGUCGCAAAAGGACAGGCAUUUGGACAAGACGUUCAAAAAUCACUUUGCCGAUCUGUCGCCUAUUAUUGUCGACCAGUGUUAUAAAUUUUUCAAAAAGCGCCCCAAAUGGCACCAGCGCGCGAGCAUGACGCCAGCAGUGCUAUACGAGCUCGCGGGCGCCGUGCUCACCGGUGUUCGCCCGCCGCUACUGCAUGUUGAUUGUGGCGAUUUCUUCAAAGGCGUGGAACAAUUGGACCAAAACAGCAAUAUGCCACCCGUGAUGGACGAGGGGCUGUGGGCCACCAUGUGCAAGCUGCGCCGCGUCAAGAUAGAAAACGAAAUUCGGAUGCGUGCCAUAUGCCAAGAGAUGGGUUACGUAGAGAGCGCAAGUACAGCUUGGCGUGGAGCAGCACACGCACGACGUGUGCGGUUGGCUCGACUAGCUGAUACUGUGAAACACCAUAGAGAGCAAGUGGAAUUUGCUGCUAGGAAUAAGACGCUGCAGCUAGUUCUACCAGCGGGGCAAGUAGAAAUAGUAACGACUGGUCACAUGGAAGACUUUGAAGACGCUACGCUCAUUCUCCGUGAAGACAUCGAACAAAUCAAUAAUCUUAUUUUGAAAGUGGGCGACUGGAAGUUACGCAUGAUGCGCAAGCAGAUGGACUUCCGCAAGGGCAUCCUCGCCAAGGAGUGGGAGCACGCGCAGGUCGCCAUGAAGCUGCGACACAUGCAGCAGGAGCUCUACUCCUACCAGCGGCUUAAGGUACCAAAAGAACUGCAACUUUAUCUGAAGAACAAGGAAUUGGGCUAUACAGACGAACAGGACUACCUUCGUAUGGAAAAAGAGAUGGAGGCGUCUAAAGUCUCUGUCAAUAAAGUUCUUGCACAACUUAUAAGAAGGGUCGAGGAACUUGAGAUAAAAAUAAACGCAUUAGAGGCGCAAGCGCAGGACUUAGAGAAGCUGAUCGUCAGCUUGAACGUGAAGGUCUCGGAGAAGCGAUUGCAUGAAGAUCCGCUCGAGCCGAUACGUAUACGGCGUAUCUUUAAGAAACGAAUGGAAACCCUAGUAAUGCGCAGUAAGCUGAUCCGCGACGUGCAAGCGAACCACACCAACGUGGUGCUGCUGCAGACACAGCUGGAACUGCUGCGACUUAAGACCUUCCCCACGCUGGCCAGCUUCAGAACCCUGGAGUAGAUGGAGAGGAUUUACGACCA